AUGGAAUCUCAAGUAAAAUCUACUCGUGGUCGUGAAAUAUUUGUAUAUAAUGGUUUUAUGUAUGUUUAUGAUAAUGUUAAUUUUAAUAAUACAAUACGGUUUUGGCGUUGCCGUAAUAGAAAUGUUUGCAAAGCGCGAAUUCAUACAGGAGUAAAUGACUACACAGUCAUAAAAACUAUCAAUGAACAUUGUCAUGACUCGGAAGCGUCAAAAAUCGAAGCAGAUGUCGCUGUAACAAAUCUAAAAAGAAGAGCUACUGAAUGUAUGGAGCCUACGUCUACUUUGAUUAACAUGUGUAUUGCUCCAUUGUCUGAAGCUUACGACUUAACUAGUCUCUACGACUUAAUGUCGAAAUGGGAGUAUGCCAUCCGUCAAUCUGGGCUUUUAUUAAUUGUUUGA